CCAAGGCAAAGUCAUAGUUUCUAUCCUUUUUGUUCUCCAUUACUCUAAGAACCAAAGGGAAACAGGUCUUCAAGGAGGAGGCAUGAAUGGGACAGCCAUUGAAAAUUUUGUCUGUGUCAUUUUUAAUGUUUCCUUCAUGAACUGUACCUGGCAUGUGGGCAGGACUGCUACAGAAGAUACCCAAUACUUCCUGUACUGGAGGCCCUCAAAGAAUGAAGAUGUCACAGAAUGCCAAAAUUACAUCAAAGAUAACUUUGGAAGGCACACAGGAUGUCGAUUUCAAAACGUGACAAUAGAAAAUAAAUAUGCUUAUUUCCUGGUAAAUGGGUCCAGAAGCAGACAAAACAUUCAGUCAUAUUGGAAGAAUAUAUGGCUGUACCAAAUUGAAAAACUCACCCCUCCAUUAAAUGUCACAGUGAACUGUACAGAAGCUUCUCAUAGUUGCAAUAUUUGGUGGCAACCACCUCGCACAAGUCAUGUGAAAAAAAGCAGCUGUUUCAAAUAUGAAAUUGCCAUAGAAAACAAGGCUGAUGUUGAGAAAAAAAUCAAAACUGCAUCUAAAAGAGAAGAAAUAGUUGAAAAUAAUUCCUACCUCUAUGAAAGCUUCAGCUCAGGUAAAAGGUACAGCAUCAGAAUCAGAGCAACAGACGUUUAAUUUUGUUGGCUUUCUGCAGAGUGGAAAUGGGAUCUUUCUGUGUUUGCAGGCAUGAAUGGGACAGCCAUUGAAAAUUUUGUCUGUGUCAUUUUUAAUGUUUCCUUCAUGAACUGUACCUGGCAUGUGGGCAGGACUGCUACAGAAGAUACCCAAUACUUCCUGUACUGGAGGCCCUCAAAGAAUGAAGAUGUCACAGAAUGCCAAAAUUACAUCAAAGAUAACUUUGGAAGGCACACAGGAUGUCGAUUUCAAAACGUGACAAUAGAAAAUAAAUAUGCUUAUUUCCUGGUAAAUGGGUCCAGAAGCAGACAAAACAUUCAGUCAUAUUGGAAGAAUAUAUGGCUGUACCAAAUUGAAAAACUCACCCCUCCAUUAAAUGUCACAGUGAACUGUACAGAAGCUUCUCAUAGUUGCAAUAUUUGGUGGCAACCACCUCGCACAAGUCAUGUGAAAAAAAGCAGCUGUUUCAAAUAUGAAAUUGCCAUAGAAAACAAGGCUGAUGUUGAGAAAAAAAUCAAAACUGCAUCUAAAAGAGAAGAAAUAGUUGAAAAUAAUUCCUACCUCUAUGAAAGCUUCAGCUCAGGUAAAAGGUACAGCAUCAGAAUCAGAGCAACAGACGCAGGCUUUUGUUUGGUAAGCCCAAACUGGGGAGAGUGGAGUAUGCCUGUGGAAUUUGGAACACAACAACUUACACCUACUUCAUCAUAUAUGCUAUUUCUGAUACCAGGGCUGGCAGCAGGUCUCGCAUUUUUCAUCUGCAUGACAGUAAGAGCUUAUUUGAAAAAAACAUCCGCUUCAGUACCACGGCCAAGAGACCCAUUCCAUGAGCCCUCUCCAGUGGCCUUCCAGACAGAAUAUAUGAAUCUAUUAAAAAAACAAGAAACUGAAGAAAUAAUAGAUAUUGAAGAAGUGAUGGAAUGCAAGUGAAAUGAGAAACUUGGUUUUUUUCAAGCAUAUACACCUUGUUGGCAAAAAUUAAGAAGUUUUUCAUAUCCUCUCACUUCUGGAAGCAGGGAGAAGAGCACUGACUGUAGAGUCAAUUCCCCAAGAUCUUAUCUCUAAAAGCCUCCAUGUAUUUGGUUGCAUUUUCUAUGAACAGUUAAGUUUUGAAUAUUUCUGUUUUUUAUUGUGAUGAACAUCACAGUAUUUCAUAAAAAAAAAAAAAAUCAGUAUUGCUUUGGAAGUUAUACUGUUUUUCAACACCAUGCAAAACAAUAAGUAAGAACAACCAAGCUUAAGGGGUUUAUUCAGGAUCUCCAUUGGUUUAGUGUCUUGAAAAAUGUACAGCCAUUCUGAAAUUGUGAUCACAAAUAAAAUUUGACAUCUGUAUGAAUGUCCACUGU